CCACACACACUCCAUCGCCGUGUAUAUAAAUAACUCUCGGCGUUGCAUGCCACCUUCACCUCUCCCAGUCCCACUCGUUAGCGCUCUCUCACGUCGGCAUAUAGCCUACCUGUUGCUCUCACUCUCUCUCUCUCUCUCUGGAGCUAGCGCAUGUCGUCCUCCAUGGUGCCCAAGAACCCGCCGCCCCCGACCGGGUACGAUGGCGAAGGCGGCGUCGAGGCGGCGCCGGUGACGAGCUGCCUGUACCUGCGGCCCGGGGCGGGGGCGCUGGACAGGGACGCCGUGCUGCGCCGCAUCCGCCACCGGAGGCGCCACAGCCGCCUCCGCGACACGCUGCGCCCCAUGGUGCUGCAGGCGCAGCCGGCGGAGCCGGACGGCGCCGAAUGGCGCCUCCCGUGGCCGCUCGACGACGCCUUCUCGGCGCCGUAGCUUUUGUGAAAUAGAAUCACUAGUCGCUCGUCUCUUGUGCCCGCAGAUUAAGCAAAUGCCAUGCCAUGGAUGAUCGCCUCUUGUUGUGUACAUCGUCAAGAACAGGUGCAGAUUAAAUAAUCAUCUGUAGUAUGUGAGCUACUGUACUGCAAGGAUGGAGCCAUGCAUAUGGAAGGAUUGUUUUGGGAGCGCCUUUGUAUAAUUGCUUGCAUGCUUGGUGUUUUAUGAAUCAUGCUCAAGUAAUUAAACAAAGCAUGUCUGUAUUAAAUGUUUACUUGUGUUCUGGGUUCAUUUUUUUUUUAUAAAAAAACAACAAAAUGUCUUCGUUAUGUGAGUGGAUCA